CGAGUCGCCUCAUUGCCAUGCUCCUCCGUUGCCGCACAAUCAUUCGCUAGCACUUUUCAUUAACUCGCCCUUCAUUGCUGCGCAGAAAAGUGCAGAAUAGAGUAAUCCCGCAAAUCAUACAAGCGGGAUCUUCUAGUGAAAUCGACGCAGUCUGCUCUGUCCCGCAGUCCACCAUUUCAGAAUCACAUCGGAGCGAAUGCGUACCCGCGUAGUAUUUGUUGGGAUAGGGGGGGCAACGUGCUCGGGUAAGACGACCCUGGCGAAACACCUGAGAUCCAUCCUGCCGGGGAGCGUGAUCUUGCACCAAGAUGACUUUGCACCGCCGCAAGAGCUUAUCCCGAUACACCCAGAGCACAAGGUGCAGGAUUGGGACAGCGCAGAGGGCGCCAUUGACUGGCCGCGGAUGGUGAAGACGCUUGCGGAGGUCAAGGAGACGGGGGUGAUCCCGCCUGAACACUAUUCCCAUGAUCAUCUCAACGAGCAGAAGGAUGUGCCUCUCGAUCCGGAGGUGUUCGAGCGCUGGCGCGACGUCUUCAUUCGAAUAGAAGAGGAGCGCGAGAAGGCAGGAGAGAAGAUAAUGUGGGUCCUGGUUGAUGGCUUCCUUUUGUACUGGCAUCCAGACGUCAUAAAGCAACUGGACGUCCGGAUAUUCCUCAGAGUACCGCAUGACACGCUGAAGCAACGUCGACAUGAGAGACAUGGCUAUCACACAGCAGUGCAAUCCGACCCAGAGGGCACGCUCUGGCGCGACCCGCCGCAGUACUGGGAGCAGAUCGUGUGGCCGGCGUACGUCGCGGCACACGCGGGGAUGCUGGAAGGGGGCGACGUCGAGCACGGGCGCCCGAACGGGACAGUGCCUGGGCUCAUCUUGAUAGAGGGGCUCGAGACGAACAUGGAUGUGAUGGUGGACAGGGUGUGUGCGCGGCUGCAAGAGGAGAUUGCUCGCUAG